AUGAAUCUCGAAACGGCAGACAUCAGAAUCGGCAACGAUUUGCACUUUCAAAUCCAGCACUUUGACGAUCCUGUGGGAUGGAAGAAUUAUUGCAAGACCUACGCCGGCGUGGGCGGUGCCUUGAGCGUUGCCCAGCUAAGACUGAGCACACAGCCGGAGACUACCAAUGCUUCCAAACAGCCGCCUGUCUAUGUUCAGGAUCGCCGGCUGGGGAGGGGAGCAUAUGGUGAAGUAUACAGAGCUGUUGAAAGACGCACUGGCGAUGUGUAUGCCAUGAAACUGUACAACAAGCCCGAGAAAGCGCGGUGGCAAGAGCCGGCGACGUUGCAGCGCCUGAACCACGAACACAUUGUUCGGUACGUGGCGUACAACCACGUGUCCGGCCAGUCUCCGCAGCUCAUCAUGGAAUACGUCGAGGGGCUCAACCUCCAAGAAUACAUGGAUCCGAGAAACAACUACGCACCGCUGCGCAUGGGCGAGGCACGCGAAGUGCUGCGGCAGCUGCUCGAGGCAUUGGCGUACCUCCACGGCAAAAAGGUCACGCACAGGGACGUCAAGCCCGCCAACAUCAUCCUGGUGAGCCGCAAUCCCAUCCAUACAAAGCUCGUCGACUUUGGCUUUGCCACCGACGUGUCGUCGUUUAAAACAAACUGCGGCACGCCCUUGUACCUCGCGCCCGAGCUCUUCACGCGGCGCGGGCGCUGGUCGAACAAGGUGGACAUCUUUGCGAUGGGCGUUGUCGCUCUCAAUCUGCUGGGGAUUUCGGUGGACCUCACAAACGCCACCGGACCAUGGGACUGCCUCCGCGCUGUCCUGCGGCAGAGACAGCUGCUCGCCGCCACCAACCAGUCCCCCCCAGCACAGUAUGACCUGGUCGUCCGCCUGCUUGCGGACCGUCCUGAUGACCGGCCGUCGGCACGCGAGUGCCUGGCCCACGGGUUUUUCCAGGACAGCUCCGAUCUCGACGACGCUCUGGACACCCAUGGCCUUGUCCCAGACCUGCAAACGCAGAUCUUCCUCCCUGGCCAAUGGCAUGGCGAGGGACACGACGCAUCUGAAAUCGCCACCGAAAUCGCCGACACCCCCUCUGGUCUGCUCCCCGCAGAAGCAGAAGCGGCUUCGGGGCCAUCGCCGCUGCAAGACGAGGACGCCUCCACCUCUGGCAUUGCCGAAGAACUGGGUCCACACAAUAGCCGCCACGCUGCGUCGCUUUACGCGACAGCCAGGCACAGUGCUCGCCAAUCCUCGUCGUCUGUGGCAGAAGGACGGAAGCGCCAGAAGCAGUCGCAUGCUAUCACGUCACGAGGCGGCCGUCCUACACGAAGCGCCAGGUCCACAGCGCCAUCGCCGCCUUCCCCUCGGCGCCACCAUGCGUCCCGGUCGUCGAUAGCGAGUGUGCUGAGCGAUGCAACAAACCAACCAGGCUGGGAAUACAAUUCAUCGGGUAACGUUGUCGACACCGACAGCGAUAUCCUAGACACGGCCUCGUACGGGAGUGUGCAGCAGCAAUGGGCUUCAGAUGGCGGCCGCCAGGCCCCAGAGCAGACUGGGAACGACGAGGACGAGUCAGGGUUGGACUUGCACGACGGCUGCUGGUUGGACCCUAUGCAUGCCCUUGGUGGCUUCUCCUCUCUCGCUCGACUCGGACAGGAUGAUGGCCACGCCGCUGAGCCGGCGUCUGACACGACACCGAGCUUUUCGUCGCUGGGGGGACUUGACUCUCUGCACAGCCAGAACGGCGGCUUUGCUGGUGCUGUCGACACUGAAUAUGCAUUAGGUAGCGCACAUGGCAAUUCCGCUUCUCCACACGAUGAUGGCUGGUUCCAGUCAAUGCCCGGCGCCAGUGCAUCUUUGCGGCAGGAUGGUAAGCCGACCGAGCGAACGCCAACAGGAGACGCUGGCGAGAAUGCGCCAGAAGGAGGUGCUGACGAGGACGAAAACGCCAAUUCAGAGGAAGCCGAAGACGCGGAAGUGGAGGGGGAAGUGCAGGACGAAGCUGCUGAUGAUGACGAAAUCAACGGCAACGAUAAUGGCAAUGUUGACAACGGCGACCACGACCACGACAACGACGAUGCUGCCAAUGAUGACGGCUAUGAUGAGGGAAGCAACGAAGAACACGGAAACGACGAGUACGGCGAAGAUUCGAGAGUGGAAGAACUGCCAGGCAGCGACGCCCGAGCCACCAGCAGACCUAUUCGGCGCAGGAAAUCAACGUCGUGA